UCAGGUGGUCAGUGUACUUGUUAUUCAUAGACCGGUCUAAAUUAUAUCUUCUGUUUUCUACGUUUAGGUUACAUGACAGUUAAUAGUGUGUAGACUGGUGUAGAUCAUAAAUUAAAUAUGUACGUGUACAGUAAAAAUUUUCAAGGAUAUUAAUGAACGAAAUAUAAACAAGCAAAACUGUUUUCAUGCAAAAACGAAAGAUAAAAUUGUUGUUGAUGAAACGACAAAGUAGACGUUAUGUGGUAACGAGAUCGAAAGAAAUAAACAGAAACGAUGAGUACCAACGAAAAUUGGCAAAAUUACAGCGAGAGAAAAUACACGGAAUUGAAAACAACGAAUCAAUCUGUUAAAAACAAAGUUGAAGAUGUAAAAAAUCAACCACGCGAUGGAAAACGUCGACAAAAGAGACAGGGUGUACCUCUCAUACAAUUUUUACAAACCGAAUUGACACGAGGAUAUCAAUUAGAAUAUGAUGAGGAAAGAUUUUCUGCAAGAAGGGAGAAGAUUUAUUCUUUUAUGAAAAUUCCGAGGGAAGUUGAAAAAUUCUUGGCCUAUGGAUUCCUACAAUGUGCAGACUCCUUUCUGUUUGUUUAUACAUUUUUACCAUUACGAUUUACAAUGGCCUUAUGGACGGUAAUCACAAGACUCCUGUGGCACUGCUUUGGCAAGAAAAAAGAUAACUCAAGAGCUGGAGAGAGACGUCUGAGGCCUGCAGAGAUCUGUGAUCUUCUGAAAGGGUUUCUCGUGAUUUGCUGUUGGAUAGUUACUUGGAAAGUGGACACUUCCAUAAUGUAUCACUUGGUGAAGAGCCAGUCAGUAAUCAAACUGUAUAUAUUUUAUAAUAUGCUGGAAGUUGGAGAUCGACUAUUCAGUGCCUUUGGUCAGGACACGAUAGAUGCCCUCUUGUGGACAGCUACAGAACCUGGGUCAAAGACACAAACAGGAUCACAGCAUUUGGGUACUCUGCCACAUUUACUGUUUGCUGUUGCCUACGUUUUAUUGCACAGCAUAUUGGUACUCUUCCAAGCAACCACUCUCAAUGUAGCAAUAAAUAGCAGCAAUAAAGCUCUGCUUACUAUAAUGAUGUCAAAUAAUUUCGUUGAGCUAAAAGGUUCUGUCUUCAAGAAAUUCGAUAAGAAUAAUUUGUUUCAACUAUCUUGUGCAGAUAUAAGAGAACGUUUUCAUCUGUUGAUGCUUCUCUUUGCUGUUACUCUUCAAACUAUGAAAGAAUAUGCUUGGAAAUCGGAGCGUCUUGCAGUGCUCUUACCAGAUUGUAUAAUGUUACUGCUAGCAGAAGUCCUUGUUGAUUGGGUGAAACACGCGUUCAUAACACGUUUCAAUGAACUUCCUUCCACCGUGUACAGAGACUAUACGAUAAGUUUAGCCUACGAUAUGGCUCAACCACGACAGGAAACUGCAUUCUCUGAUCCAUCAGAUUUAGUAGCUCGUCGAAUGGGUUUUAUCCCUCUUCCCUUGGGCGUUGCAAUAGGAAGAGUGCUUUCCACGACUAUUACGCCAUCACUAAAAGCAGCUAACAUCAUCCUGUUGCUUCUGGCCUACCUAACAUUAAUAGCCGUCAGAAUCCUAAUUAGUUUGAUAAUUCUUGGCAAGGCCUGCGACAUCAUUUCCUCGCAUUCGAAGGACACAGACAUUACGGUUACAUCUUCAAAAGAUCGUUCGCAAACCAACGCCGAGUCGAAGAGCACAAAUUUAGCCACUGCUAUGUUUUCUAAUAGCUCGAUCAGCUUGAACAAUGUCUGCUUGAAUGAGGCAGUGUUGAAAGAGGAAAUAUUAGAAAAUUCAGAGAACAUUGCAAACAAAGGAACGACGCAGUAACAAUAUUGUCUUUUUCAUUGUUUCGAGCAAAACAUUUUUAAAUGCAAAAGAUUUUAUUGUCAUGUUCACAGGAAAAACCUGUAUAUGUGUAAGUAUUGUCUAUACAGAACUGUGAUAUAAACGAGUAUCUUAUAUUUACAGGGAUAAUUAUUGUAAUCUUUGUUAAGAGGGCAAAGUUCAAGUACAUAUUUUGUUACAUUACUAUACCGACUAACGAUGCAGUAAAAUAUUAAUUAUUUCUGAGCUGUAUAGAGGAUUUGUACUUUAUCAUAGUAUCGUUAUCUCAACGAAUCGUGUGGAUAGUUGAAUUAGUAGUGAAUUCCAACUAAACCAUGACAAAUCAAAACAAUGAAUGCUGUUCUAAUUUAGCCAAUUCAAUUGUACUCUUACUCUGUGUAAAAUAACAAGCUAAUUUAAAAGUAUAUGGUGCAUAUAGUAAACCCUUAUGUACCAAUGGAAAGGUUGUAAAAAUGUUUGAGGGAGAUUGAGUAAAUAAAAAAAGUUCAUAUA